AUGGCUGCCAAGACCGUCGAGUUCACGCCUUUCACCGACCAGAAGCCUGGAACCUCUGGCCUCCGCAAGAAGGUUGUUGUGUUCCAGCAGCCUCACUACAGCGAGUCCUUUGUGACAAGCAUUUUGCUGUCUAUCCCAGAGGGCGUCGAUGGCUCUUUCCUCGUCAUUGGUGGCGAUGGCCGCUAUUGGAACCCCGAAGUUAUCCAGCUGAUCGCCCGCAUCGGUGCCGCUUAUGGUGUUAAGAAGCUCCUCAUCGGCCACAAUGGCAUCCUGUCAACCCCGGCUGCCAGUCACCUCAUCCGCAAACGCAAGGCGACCGGCGGCAUCCUUCUUACCGCCAGCCACAAUGCUGGCGGUCCCAAGGCCGACUUUGGCAUCAAAUACAAUCUCGCCAACGGAGGGCCGGCGCCCGAGUCCGUCACGAACAAGAUUUUUGCGACCGCCAAGGCAUUGACUGCUUACAAGCUGCUCGAGCUGGAGAAUGUCGACAUUUCCACCAUUGGCACCCGCCAGUAUGGCCCUCUUGAAGUUGAGGUUGUCGACAGCACGGCCGAUUACGUGGAGAUGCUACAGGACAUUUUCGAUUUUGACUUGAUCAAGACCUUCUUCGCCAAGAACCCCGACUUCAAGGUGCUCUUUGAUGGUCUGCACGGAGUCACUGGGCCGUACGGUACCGCCAUCUUCGACAAGGCCCUCGGUCUCGGUCCUACCAGUGUCCAAAACUGUGUUCCGAGCCCAGACUUUGGCGGUGGCCACCCGGAUCCCAACCUGACUUACGCCCACUCUCUUGUCGAAGCAGUUGAGAAUGGCAAGGUUCCUUUUGGCGCUGCUUCCGACGGCGAUGGUGACCGCAACAUGAUUUACGGUGCUGGUGCCUUUGUUUCGCCCGGUGACAGUCUUGCCAUUAUCGCACACCACGCCCGUCUGAUUCCCUACUUCAAGAAGAAUGGCGUUUUCGGCCUAGCCCGCAGUAUGCCCACCUCCGGCGCCGUCGAUCUUGUCGCCAAGCGCCAAAACUUGGCCUGCUAUGAGGUCCCUACCGGCUGGAAAUUCUUCUGUGCCUUGUUCGAUGCCGAAAAACUGUCCAUCUGCGGCGAGGAGAGCUUUGGUACUGGCAGCAACCACAUCCGUGAAAAGGAUGGCCUGUGGGCUAUUGUUGCCUGGCUCAACAUCAUUGCCGGCCUGGGCCUCGAGAAGCCGGGCGUGCCGCCUACCAUAAAGCAGAUCCAGCAUGAUUUCUGGACGGAGUACGGCCGCACCUUUUUCACGCGUUACGACUACGAGAACGUCGACUCUGCCGGCGCCGACAAUGUUGUCGGCGUCCUGCGUGGACUUGUGAACGACCCCAACUUUGUCGGCAGCAGCGUCGAUGGCCGCAAGGUGACGGGCGCCGGGGACUUCUCCUACACGGACCUGGAUGGCUCCGUAUCUAACAACCAGGGCCUGUACGCAACAUUUGCUAAUGGCACGCGCAUCGUCGUGCGCCUGUCGGGCACCGGCUCCAGCGGCGCAACUAUUCGUCUGUACAUUGAGCAGCACACAAGCGAUCCAGAAACGUACGGCAAAGAUGCGCAAGAUUUUCUCAAGCCCGAGAUCGACAUGGCCAAGACGCUUCUCAAGUUCAAGGAGUAUGUGGGUCGUGACGAGCCGGAUGUGAAGACUUGA